AUGAGCGGUCAUGGCAAGCGCUACGUCAGGCUUGCCAGCUUUGAGUCUCCCGAUUCAGUGGCGCAGUGGCUCAAGCUGGACUCGCUUCCCCCACCAUUCCCAGCCCCCAAAGAUCUUGUAGUGCCCAAGUUGAGAAUAGUUAUAGCUCUUCACGCGGUGGAGUACCCAGCGCAAGCGAGUCGUGGACAUUUGCUACAACUGUACAACUCUUUGGCCAAGCGCUUUGAUCCAAGUGGCCCAGUCCAAACAAACUCUGUCAUGGUUGUGAUUCCAUCUCCAAGGCCCUCUCAUCCCAAUCAAAAGAAACGCAAGUCUAAUCCCGAUCCUAAAAAGCGCCAAACAAAAUCUAAAUAUCAAACAAGCUCGGAAUCUCUCCCACAACCGUCGUCCCCCCCACCGCCGUCGACCAACUCAAACUGUCCGAGCAAAGAAGCCCUUCCAAGCCAUGUAGGAAGAACUAGGCCGGGCAAGAUCAAAACCAGAGAAAACACAUUCUUUAGGCCGUACCAACGAGCAUCUGCGCAGAGGCCUGCCUCAUCUCAGGGAUACUCCCUCCGAAAAUCCCCUCGGCUGAGCGCUGCACGGGAGAAAUGCUCCGUGUCUCAUGCAUCUCAAUCAACCGAGGGUGCAUCUCAGGGCUCCGACAAUGAGGCGGUUAUCCCUGCAUCUGAAGCUGAUGCUGACAUCAAGGAUGAAUCUGAUGACGAUGCCAAUGUUGACUUCCCAUCAGCCGGUUUGGAGGAGAUUUCCACGCAAACUGCAAGCUCAUCGGCUUCCGAGACCACUCGAGCAGGCGAUCCCUCUCACGAAUCCUCCUUCAUAAGCAGAGCCAGUCGUUCCAGUUCCCAGACUUUUCGGCUGGAAACCCCUGAUUCUCGUGCGAGGGGGAGUGAUAAUCACACUCCACCCCCCUUCGCACACACACUCCAACACUCCCUUCUCUGA